CCAUUCAACAUCAGUUUGCGGAGGAAGCAAUACAAUUGGCAGCCGCUCGUGCGUUUCUUUACACUACCGCUCGAAGAAAAGUAGCUGGAUGUUCGAUCCAGAAAGAGGCAGCAAUGCUAAAACAUUUCACAUCCAAUAUGGCUUGUCGGGUAGCAUCUCGUGCGGUGGAGUGGUUGGGUGGAGUAGGAUUUACGGAAGCCUAUCCGGUCGAAAAAUUCUAUCGAGAUGUAAAGAUCGGUAAGUAG